AUGGACAUGUUUUUGAAAGUAAAGGAAAGAAAAAAUCGUAGUCGUAAUCUUAUUGUGUUUGGAAUACCUGAAUCUACAGCAAAUUCACCAGAAGAAAGAAAAUGUCAUGAUAAAGACCAGGUUUCUAAAACUAUAACGUCACUGGCAACUCCAGAACCGGAAAUUCUCACUGUCAUCCGUUUGGGUAAACCUGUAUCCAAAAUUGAAAAGCCGCGUCCUAUCAAGGUAGUCCUGGCCAAUAAACAUAAUGCUAUAAAUGUUCUGAAAAAUAAAGAAGGUAAGCUGCCAAACUCUGUUAAGGUAAAGACUGAUAUGACACCAUAUCAAAGAGAUCAACUUAAGACACUUCGUGAAGAACUAGCAGCUAGAACCGAAAAAGAACUUCGCAUACUAUACACGAAUUUGGCUUCCAUUAUGGCAAAAUUUGAUUUAUUUCUUCUUGAAGUUAAUACACAUAAACCUGCUUUUAUUUUGAUAUCAGAAACUCAUUUACAUUCUGGAAUUGAUGACAGCCUUAUAAAUAUAAACGGAUAUACGCUCUUCCGGUUGGACAGAAGAGAAAGAAAAGGGGGAGGAGUAGCAAUGUAUGUUGCACAUGACGUUAACAAUGUACCUGUUAUAUCAAAAGUGAAUAAAAUAUAUUAUAAUUCUUUGGUUGAGGCAUUAUGGCUAGAUAUACACUAUGGAUAUUUAGAUUUACUUUUAGCUUGUGUGUAUCGUCCUUCUUCAAAUGUUGAUUAA